UUCUCAGCGGUCGCUUAUUUACGCAGCAGUUGAAGAUGGACAAGUUUAAGACUGUUCUGAACAUUGCAGGCAAACAGACCAACCUUGGUUUUGGCCUGAUAGCUCUGUUGACAGCAGGAGGAGAGCAGAUAUUCUCUGCAGUGGUAUUUAAGUGUCCCUGCAACGAGCUGAACUUUGUCUAUGGGAUAGUGUUCCUGCUGGUGCCAGCUCUGGCUCUGCUGCUGCUGGGUUACAUCCUCAGUAAGAAAACGUGGAAGCUGCUGACGGGUCUGUGCCGGCGUUCGGAAAAGCUUUUGUGCUGCAAGAAGCUGGUUGCCGCUGGUGUGGUCCUCUGUCAGAUCGGCACCUUUGCGCUUGUUGCGCCUUCUACUUGGAUAGCUGUAGCUUUACUCAAUGGAAACUACUACGAGUGCGCCAUGACAGGUACCAAUGUGAGCAUUUACAACAAACACGUGUGCAGAGAUAGGAACUCUGAGAUCCAGUGUGAGAAGGAGCUGCACCGGUUCCCGUGUGGGAAAAGCAUUAGUGUACCUCAGGCUGUGAGAGAAGAUGUUCUGCUUAAUCUCCGAGCUGAGUCUCAGAUUCUCGGUUGGAUGCUCAUCACUCUCAUCAUGUUGACAAACCUGGUGCUCACCUGUGUGGCUCGGUGCUCCUCCCCUAUUAGCUACCUGCAGCUGCAGUUCUGGAAGGCGUAUGUGCAUGAGGAGAGCAAUCUACUUGAUUCCUAUACGGCUAAGCACGCCAAAGCGUUUGCUGAGAGAAACCUAAAGACCUUCUUUGAAAAGACACCACCUGAAAAUGUCAUCACACCAUCCAACCGAGACUGGGAGAAGAUCUCCUCUCUCUACAAGUUCACCACCAAAGAUACCUACUACAGCACUUUGCACCGAUAUGUGGAGAACUGCCAGGAGACUGACAACGGGACGAUGAGGAUGAGUUCAGUCAAGUCAAACGAGUCUGUAGAAGAUAACCCAGCUGUUCUUAGUUUUGUAGAUGAUGGGAGAAUGCCACUGUGAGUCACAGACUACCCACAUUAAACUGUAAAAGGUGUGAAGUAGAGAAGCUCUAGAAAUGCUCUUAACUUCGUAAUUUUGAAGAAUAAAUGAAAUAUGCAUGAAAUAAUCAUUUGUAUGCUUAAUAUUGUAGUUGCAUAAAGUGGCACAGUGAAGGAUAGUGUGCAGCAACUUUUUAUUAUUUUGUAUUUCCUGUCAUGUCAGUCUUUAGUUUUUAAUUCCAUGUUCUGUUUGCAGACUCAGGAGAAUCUGUCUGAUCCUCCCGAGUCUUUCAUCCUGUGUGAAGUUUGUGUGUCUGCAUUUACCCCACUGCGUUCCCACAGUACCUCCUAUAUUCUGUUAAUAACCUCUUUGCUUUGACCGUCCUGCAGAAGUUUAAAGAAGAGAAAAAGCAGAUGAACUCUACUCUAACACUUUGUAUCACUGUAAACAUAAAAGGACGGCUGCAAGAAAUUUAUGUCCUAACUUAGGUAGUAACCAGAAACGUGUUUUUUCCCUAGGCUGCAAUCUUCCAUGCCGUUCGAGUUGUUGUGGUAUGCAUCGAGCAGAUGUGUAGUUAAAUUUCUCAGGAAGUGUACAUCAGGUUAUGUAGAAGGUUGCAACGCAGAGCUAAAUGGGGUUCUGGCACAUAGUUACCCAUAUGGUAAAGAAAUAGAAAAAACUUAUAAAAGACUUGCAUCAGAUGUGGCCUACUUCAAAUAGUGAAUCAUAGAAGGCUGAUGUGAUUAACUCAUGAAAGUGGCCACUUUCAUUUAU